UCGCUGCAUGUUUGGCUUCCGAGCGUGGGCGGCGCGCGGUUCGCACCCACGUCGGUCGGGGCCCACUGGUGAUGGCGGGCACUACGGGGCCGAUUCGAUGGGAGGAGGCAAGAUGGCAGCUGGGCCACAUGAGCACGAAGAGUGGGUAGGCAGUGCUUACCUAUUUUUGGAGUCUUUACUGGAUAAGGUGAUCCUAUCUGAAGCCUACACAAACCCCCAGAAGAAGGUGGAAGUAUACAAGGCUCUGAAGACUGCACUGGCAGAGAGCGUGGAGAACCCGAACGUGCUGCAGAUACUGAAGAUCCACUGCAGCGACCCGCAGUUGAUUGUGCAAUUGCGUUUCUGCGGGCGCCCGCCCUGCGGCCGCUUUCUCCGCCUGUACCGCGAGGGGGCGCUGCGCGCCGCGCUGCAGAGGCUCCUGGCAGCGGCGCUGGCACAGCGCUCAAUGCCGCUGCAGCUGGAACUGCGCGCGGGCACCGAGCUGCUGGACGCUUGGCUGACAGACGAGGAGCGGUGUUUGAAUUGCAUCUUAGCUCAGAAGCCCGACCGGCUCCGGGAUGAGGAACUUGAGGAGCUAGAGGAUGCGCUUUGCAAUCUGACAUGCAGUUUGCCCAGCCAGGGUGGCGGCUCAGAGGUCACCUCAGGUCUCUUGCAGUCUCUGGUUCCCUCUCCGACGGAGAAGCCGCCACCCUCAUCUAACCAGACUUUUCUGUUCCAUGGUCAUACUGUAGUGAACCGGCCGCUGAGUCUGCAAGACCAGCAAACGUUUGCACGCUCCGUGGGCCUCAAGUGGCGCAGGGUGGGGCGCUCUCUGCAGCGUGACUGCCGGGCUCUGCGGGAUCCCGUGCUCGACUCGCUGGCUUACGAAUACGAGCGCGACGGGCUAUACGAGCAGGCCUUCCAGCUGCUGCGGCGCUUCGUGCAGGCCGAGGGCCGCCGCGCCACGCUGCAGCGCCUGGUGGAGGCGCUCGAGGAGAACGAGCUCACUAGUCUAGCCGAGGAUCUGCUGGGCCUGGCCGAACCCGAUGGCAGUCUAUCCUAGUCCAGCACGCAGUACCGCGGAAAAGGUAGUAAACCAGGAGUUCAGCCUGAGUUUGGAGUCCCUGGAUGGCUGUACGGGCCUGUUGCUGCUGCUGACUCCCUUCUAUCCACUCCCUGUUUGCCGAGAUGCUGGAGCUGCUGGGGCAGAGUUGGCUGCCUUCCCUAGGAGCUAGACUAGCACCCACCGACCAAGCCUCUGGGAAUCUGCCCCAGAAUCUUUGAUGGAGGCAGUAUGCAUGUUCUCACCCUCUCUCGCUGAGGAAGAGGGGCUUUUGGCCUGCCAUCGACUGUCAUUAGCAACGAUCAUCAAACACCUGGACCUUCUGAGUAUUAUGCAUCACUCUAGGUCCUGCAAAUACUGUCGUGAGCAAGAUGCAGGAGCCCUGCAUGCCCCUAGUUCACACUUACUGUGAGAUCUGAGCACUCUGCAAUGGUAAUAAAGUGUAGGCUUGUCUUAAACAGGAGGUUGUAGAAGUUCAGAGGAGGGCUAGGCUCCUGGAACGGAUGAGUAUGGGCAGGGUGGAGUGGGGCAUGGAGCAAGGGACAAUGUUCUGGACACAGCAGGCUCAGGUGGGGAAGUCAAGAGGGAAGGGAGUUAGAAGAGCACCAAGUUCAGGGUGACUGGAUGGGAACAAGGAUUGAUUGCUGAAUGAUCUGUUGGUGAGGAAUAACAAGGGGUCUGGUGAACCACUUAA